AUGGCUUGCAAAUAUAACACACAAAUGAUUUUGCUCAGCUGUAGUUUGGCUGCGCUUUUGAGCUUCUCGGAAGCCCUGCCCCGAUACAGUCGCCCCAGGGAUUUGGGGACCGCCGCCAGCUCCCCCAACUUCGCCUAUGCGCCUAGUCCCCAGGAACCCAUGACACUCACCGGAAACUACAACCUCAUUAUGCCCGACUACUAUGACCACCAUCCAGCUGAGUCCAUGCAGCUGCAGAACUUUGCCAACUUCUACGAUGCCCAGAUGAGUCCCGAUUCCGAUCUGGGAAUGGAGGAGUCCCAGUUCCUGACCCACACUCCGGUGAGAGCUCCUCAGCCUCUGACUGCCCAGGAGAAACGUGCUCGCCAGCAGGUUCCUCACGUGGACAUCAACCGCGAGAAGAAGGCUCUCCUAAAACUGAAGAAGGGCAACACCCAGCCCAAGGGAGCCGAUCACCAGGAAUGGGACCAGUUCGACUACGAUCUGUACAGCCUCAAUCCCGGCAACAACAAGAAGUAUAACUACGAUGUCUAGACGGAUCCCGGGUAUUCCUCUCUAGAUCGACUGUAUAUGUUUAUGUUUUUGUUUUCUGUUGGUUUAAGCUCACAAAUAAAUUAUUUAUUUAUUGUUAACUGCAAUCGUAUUUUCGUCAUUUUGAUUGGAAUGCCGUUUAAGCCACUUUUUUAUUUGAAGCCAUAUAAUUGGUCAAGAACCAUUAACAUUCACUUUAUGACCGAAAGCAGGCCAAUUCGGGCGAGUGAAAACAGUGAUGAUACUUUUCUGCGCAUUUUUAGCUACUUUUAAAUUGUAAUGGGGAUAAAUAAAAUAU